AUGUCCAUAGAUCUCAACUGGGAGACGCUUACGAGUGGUCCGGAUGGCGAGGCGCUGGCGGAGCGCAUCCGCGGCUUCAUCCACGACAAGUUCCAGAGCGUGCCCCUGCCGCGCUUCAUCAAGUCGGUGACGGUGCACGGCUUCGACUUUGGCAGCAUCCCCCCGUCUCUGGAGCUCAAGGACAUUGCGGACCCGCUACCCGACUUUUACGAGCAGGAGCUCGAGGAUGACGAGAGCGAUGAGGACGCCGACGAGGACGACGAGCCUGGCCACCACCAUCAGCAGAACUACCACCAGCCGCGCCAGGCGACGGCCGGCAGACGUCGGCCCUCGGAGCUCAAGACGGCGAUCCGCAAGGAAUUUUCACAUUACCACAACGACCUGGCGAGCCCGUUUAUGGGCACCUCCACGCCGGGUCUGCUGGGCGGCCCGGGGCUGAGCUACCACCUCCACGGCCACCUCGGCACGGGCUCACAGACGCCGCUGGCCGCCGUCGCGGGCGCGCACCUCGGCAACAGCUGGCUGGGCCACGGCUACGACAGCGCGUGGGCAGCCGAGACUGCCGCGGCCGCAGCGGCUGCCGCCACCGCCGUGCGCAUGGAGCCGAGCCACACCCGCAACCCCUCACAGAGCAGCAUCUCGGUGGACAACUUUCCGUCAGGCUUCAUGCCACCACGUCCGCCGGCUGCCGGCACAUCGCCCUUGCAGCGCGGGCUGCGUGAAAAGUCGAGCGUCUCGACGCUGGCGCCGACGUCGAUUGGCACCUCGCGGCCCCCAACGCGGGAUGCCCACGCCGACUCGGCCAUUAUCGACUCCGACUACGACGACAACGGCGACGGGGACGCCGGCGACGGAGACGCCGACCUGACGGCGCCGCUGCCCGACGGCAUCGACCCGCCGCCGCGGCGACGGGAGCCCCGCGCGGAGGACGUGCAGGCCGUCUUCCGCAUCCAGUAUGCGGGCGACAUUCGCCUGAACCUGACGGCCGAGAUCCUGCUCGACUACCCGAUGCCGAGCUUUGUGGGCAUCCCGCUCAAGCUCAACAUCACCGGCCUGUCGUUUGACGGCGUCGGCGUGCUGGCGCACAUCCGGAAGCGCGUGCAUUUCUGCUUCCUGAGCCCCGACGACGCGCUGACCGCCGUCGGGCCCGAGGAUGGCAGUGGUGGCAGCGGUACCAGGCCGGGAUCCAAGGGGACCGCCGGCGCGGGGGAGGCGGAGAGCGGAGGCGGCAAGACGGCGCGCUUCGGCGGCCUGCUGCAGGAGAUCAAGGUGGAGAGCGAGAUUGGUGGGCGAGAGGGUGGCAAGCAGAGUCUCAAAAACGUGGGCAAGGUGGAAAAAUUUGUCCUGGAGCAGGUGCGCCGGAUCUUUGAGGAGGAGUUUGUAUAUCCGAGCUUCUGGACAUUCUUGGUUUAA